GGUGCACACUUCCUUCAAACACGUGUUUCACUGGGACAAUAGUGAGUGGUGCACACUUCCUUCGCCCGGCCACAGAACAACAAAAAGAGUUGCUGGUGUAACAAUAGGAAGAAUAUAUUCCACUCCUCUCUUCUACACGCGGCUUAUGAGAUGAACGCUCGUCAAGAAGAACGUCCCCUUCAGCAGCAGGAGGAUCCACAGCCCCCCCACAUUAAAGAGGAAGAGGAGGAAGUGUGGAUCAGUCAGGAGGGAGAGUGUCCUGUAGGGCAGGAGGAGGCUGAUGUCAGCAAGUUUCCACUGACUGUUGUCUCUGUGAAGACUGAAGAGCAUGAAGACAAAGCAGCUGAGUCCUCACAGCUUCAUCACAGUCCAAACGUCUGUGGAGAACAACGUCUGCCUGAAAAAAAGGAGUGUACCUUCAGGAUGGUGAAGGAGGAUCCAUCAAAGAGGAAGACCAGACGCCACGGACCCUCUGGCGUCUCCUUUUCCUCUUUGACACAGACCCUUCCCUGUAAAAAGGAAGAGGAAGGCUCACUGAUGCCCCACAUUAAAGAGGAAGAGGAGGAACACGGCAUCAGUCAGCCUAAAUGGUUGGAGGAGUUCCCAGUGACUGGUGUCCCUGUGAAGAGUGAAGAUGAUGAGGUGAAAGGUGAAAGUGAGGAGAGGGGAGGGGGGGAGCCUCCAAGCAGCAGCUCAACACAACACAUGACAACAGAAGCUGAUGGAGACCACUGUGGAGGAUCACAAGCAGACAAGCUCUUAGCUCCACUAUCAGAUAGUGAGGACACAACCUCACACUCUCCUGACACUGAUGAUGAAGACUCUAAAGAUGAUGCAACAUGUCACACUGACAACAUUCACUUCACAUGUUCUCACUGUCACAAAACUUUUAAAUACUGUCGUAACCUGAAGAGACACGUGAGAACACACACUGGAGAAACACCCUAUGUUUGUUCAACCUGUGGUAAAGGUUUUGUUAUAAGUAAACAUUUGAAAGAACACAUGAGAACACACACUGGUGAAAAACCUUUUCCUUGUUCAAUCUGUGGCUCAUCUUUUACAAGGAAGAGAAAUUUGAAAGUACACAUGAGAACACACACUGGUGAAAAACCUUUUGUCUGUUUAACAUGUAGUAAAGGUUUUACACAAAGUAGCCAUUUGAAAACACACAUGAGAACACACACUGAUGAAAAACCUUUUCCUUGUUCAAUCUGUGGCUCAUCUUUUACAUGGAAGGGAUAUUUGAAAGUACACAUGAGAACACACACUGGUGAAAAACCUUUUAUAUGUUCAACCUGUGGUAAAGGUUUUACUCACAGUCCAACUUUGAAAAGACACAAGAGAAUACACACUGGUGAAAAACCUUUUUCCUGUUCAAUCUGCAACAGAAGCUUUUGUCAAAGGUCACACCUUGUAAGACACAUGAGAAGACACCCAGGAGAGAAAGUGUUGAGUUGCAGUGUGUGUGGUGAAAGAUUGUCUUCUAAGUACCAGUGUAAGAAACACAAGUGUGCUGGUGAGAACUGCAGCAGCAAAUGAAACUGCAGGAUUUGACAUAAACUGUCAAGACUUUAAUUUUGACUUUCCAACAGGAUAGGUCUUUAUCGUCAUUGCACAAGUACAACGAAACUUUGUUUUCAGCACAAACCUGCUCAAGAUUAGACAAACAGUUUACAGGGUUACAGAACAAGAACGCUGAUGGGUCGCCAUAAGGCGCCCCUUAAAUGAUGGGACAAAGGUAAACGCUGGGGAAGGAUGAGUAAAAAAAUACAAUCUAGACUGGGCUCCUAAGGGGGCCCAGUCUGGAGUGGGAAAAAACCUCCAUAGCAAAGCACAUAUACAUAUCACAACAUACAUCUCGAGAUAUCUAGCAACAGAGGGAAGGUAGUUCAAGGUCAUGUUGGUAGGCCACAGCUCUUCAGGUGCUGACCAUCCAUUCAUCACCCCCAUGGGAUUUGCAUUGAGGGUUUUGUUGUGGGGAAGGGGGGUGUAUGUGUGGCGUAUAUUUUUUUGUGGAUGUGUGUGUAAGCCCGCAGUGUGUCUCUGUUCCGCGGCCUUGAUGUAUUGUGCUGUCUCGUCCAAAGUCAACAACAACAGGUGUGUAUCCAUGAAAGACAAAAAGGGAGUUUGUUGUGUCUUCGCUGCGCUGUCCUUCGGGAGAGUCUCGAAGCCAGGGAAACAAUCCAAGUUGGAAUGAUUUGUAUGCGAGUGAAAAUAAAAUUUGCUUUUCACUCUAAAACUGUCUAUGACUGGUCUUCAAAAACUGUGCGGUAAACAUUCCGAUGUAAUCCACAGUUCUUCCCGC